GCAGCACGGCCAAGCGCUCGUGUGCCGGUCGGUGUGACCGCGGCAGCGGGGCGGGCAGCGCCUGGGGCUGCCCCUGCAUCUUGGAACGUUGUGUGCAGGCUUAUGUGCAUAAGAGCGUGAUGGAGGAGCUGAAGAGAAUCAUCGACGACAGUGAAAUCACAAAGGAGGACGAUGCGCUGUGGCCGCCUCCCGACAGAGUUGGUCGACAGGAGCUUGAAAUAGUAAUUGGUGAUGAGCACAUCUCCUUUACCACAUCAAAAAUCGGUUCACUCAUUGAUGUAAAUCAAUCCAAGGAUCCAGAAGGCUUGAGAGUGUUCUACUACCUGGUCCAGGACCUUAAGUGUCUAGUCUUCAGUCUUAUUGGACUACACUUCAAGAUUAAGCCAAUUUAA